AGUCCGAGAGGGGCAAGGCUGGCUGCGGCUCAAGUGCCUCGUAGCACGGAAGCGUGAGCGCGCCGGUCUUGCCGUACUUCCAGCGGCGGGUCUGCGCAGCCGUCCGGAGCUCCCUUAGCCUACGCCCCUCCCACCCUAUCACCACCCUUACUUCUGACUUUCAAUUGCCCCGGCGCUUUAAGGCUCGCCGCUAGUCUCUUUCCUCUGCUGACUUGUAUGCAGCAGCUUCUUGAGAGUAACUACAAAAGAAAAGCCAAAAGAGAAGCUAUUGCAACAUGAGAGCCUACUAGCCAAUUGUUUUUCUGGCCUAUAAGCAAAAGAGCUUUCUCGAAGCAAGGAAUAUAGUAAUCCCUGGCCCUCUUUUUCUUCUCAAUGCCUCAACUUCUACCCAGCAACAGACGUCCUGAUCCCGCCUUUCUUCUUUGUUAUUGGCCAACUUGAAUCGUCAUCUGCCGUUCUGAUUGGUCAUCCGUGAUGGUCCGGAUUUUUCCAAUUGGCCGAACCACCAGCGGAUUUUUUUUUUUUUUUCCGGGUUAGUCCGCUGGGGAGGCGGGGUCAUUUCUGCGGGAUUAUUUUUUUUCCGGCGCCGUUUCUGAUUGGGCGGUGUGGUACAAAGCGCGCGACCCGUUAGGCACCAAACUGUCAGGAGGUCCGACCCUUUCCUCUCCGUGCUCCCGCCCGUAAACCGAAGCCCUGGAGGAGACUUCCGGACUUGAGCAUCUGCAGAGGACGAGGAACUGGCAGCGGCGCCUGGUGGGCUUGCAACGGGGGUGCUUUUCCUGCAUUUCUGGAGAUUGAAAAACUGCAGAGAGGAGAGGUGUGGCUCUAGUAAAAACAAGCAAAGCUCACGUCCCAAGCGCUGGGGCCUCCUGGAGAAGGGUAAUUUCCUUCCUGCCUUCUUAAGUCGGCUACCAGAAUCAGUUAUUUUGCUCCCAACCCCAGAGCUUUAGUUGCUCUUUCACUUCCAAAUUCCACAAGAGCACUGGGCGACAGAGUUAUGGAGAAGCGCCUGCAGGAGGCCCAGCUAUACAAGGAGGAAGGGAACCAGCGCUACCGGGAAGGGAAGUACCGAGAUGCUGUGAGUAGGUACCAUCGAGCUCUGCUUCAGCUGCGGGGUCUGGAUCCAAGUCUGCCCUCCCCGAUACCUAACCUAGGGCCUCAGGGCCCGGUUCUCACACCCGAACAAGAAAACAUACUGCAAACCACCCAGACAGACUGCUACAACAAUCUAGCUGCCUGUCUCCUUCAGAUGGAGCCAGUAAACUAUGAACGAGUGAGAGAAUACAGUCAGAAAGUCCUGGAACGACAGCCUGAUAAUGCCAAGGCCUUAUAUCGGGCUGGAGUAGCCUUUUUCCAUCUGCAGGACUAUGACCAAGCUCGACACUACCUCUUGGCGGCUGUCAAUAGGCAGCCUAAAGAUGCCAAUGUCCGGCGGUAUCUCCAGCUGACACAGUCUGAACUCAGCAGCUACCACAGGAAAGAGAAGCAGCUCUACCUGGGCAUGUUUGGUUAACGAAGAAGAAAGAUGCUCCUUCACUUGAAGUUAGGUGGACUGUUGGCACCCAUCAAGGGGAAACCUGAGCCUCAGCAAGAGAAAUUAACCCUAUACCUAUACCUCUGACCCAGGUGGAUUUCUGUUUUGUUUCCAGUUCUGCAAACUCUUUACUACUUACACAGUCUGUGUCUCUUUUUGUCUGUCAAUCUAUAUAUUUGUAUAGCUUUCAAUAGAUGUUGGGGCUAUUUGCCUUGAAAUACAAUCAGAAAACAUUAA